AUGUCUUCAAACGAUUGUAAAGUAAUGAGAGAGAUAUGUCAGAAGUUAGCCAAAGCGGUUACUGUCUUCAAAGAAUAUCGUGCGCAGACUAAAAAAUUGAAGGAACUACCAAAACCUGAAGAAAUUGAAAUGGAGGUCUUCUGGAGACGCCCUAUCGUUCGUUUCACCGAGCCGGAAGAAAAAUGGAGUGUCCUUCGUCGAGUUCGUGUUCCCUCUGAACCAAUUGACAUCAUCUACCCGCAACGAGAACAAGAUUGGUGA